AGGAAACCGACCCGGCCCGGGCCUCUGAUGGCCGUUCCGGUCGACGUUGAAAAAGAAUAGCGAAGUGGAAGGAAAGGCUAUGGAGAAGGAAAAGGGCGAAGGAAGCGAGAGAUGGAGGGCGGCGAUCGCGAAUCUGUCGGAGAUGGCGUCGAAUCUGGACUCACUUCAGAAGCUACUCAUCAAGAAAGCCGUUUUCGUCGACGAAGACACCUUUGCCAAGGCCUCUCUCACCUCCCAGCAAGCCCGUACCAUCAAGGCGCUUGAACAAAGAGUGGAGACAUUAGAAAGAGAACUUGAUGCUGCCAUUUCUGCUUCUGCUCAUGCUCGAAUUGAGAAAAGACAGGCUGAGGCAGCACAAAAAGCUGCUGAACUUCGUGCACAAGAGGUCACAAAGGAGCUUGAGAACACCACCAAGGUGUUCGAAUUACACAUGGAAGAGUUACGCGCAAAGCAAGAAGAGAUUUAUAAGCGAGAUAAUGAAAUUAAGCUGCUUGAAGCUAUAAUUCAAACACUUGGGGGCAAAGAGUCACUAUCGACAAGGGGGUAAGGCAAGUGAGAAUAAUCACCGGCGCUGUAAAUUUUUUUGUUUAAUGUUGCUUAACAAGAAUAUUCUAGUGGAUCUUGGAAUGUUAUUCGUUCCGCUUCUUUCUCAUGAAGCGUGGGCAAGUAUUUCCCAUUGUUUUGAAUGACUAAAUGUAGCUUUCCUUCAUGGAUGGCUUCGUCUGAGUUCUUCUUUUGUAUAAUGUGAACGAUGAAUGAAUUGAAUUAUGUGAUCUCCGGGUGAAGCGUCUCUUUGCAGAUA